AUGAGUAAAAAGAAUACUAAGCGAAAAUAAAACAACAAGAUAGAGAAGGAUGAUGAUUACAGCGACAUCUUUGAGGAAAUCUAACCUGAAUUGCCUAUUAUAAAAAAAAAAUCAAAAGAGCAACAGUAAACAAACCAAAUACUCUUUGAGUCCAUUCGAAAUCCAGAAUAAACCAAUCUUAUUCGAUGUCCUAUAGAAUCUAUCAAUAUUGAAUAGGUUGAUUAUUCUCAUUAAUAAUUUAGAUUUUAUAGGAUAUUUUGUAUGAGUCUUCUAAAGAGUCUCAAUACUCUAAAACUCUUAAGUAAAUACUUUUAAUGGGGCAGAGAGAAUUGAAAGACAAACAAAAAUAUUACUAAUUUAAAUGGCAAUCAUUAGGACACUCUAAUAUCAGUCGUUAAGAAUAUCAACGAUAAGAGUAAAUGCUCAAAGAACAAUAAUCUAAAGACAUUGCUGAAAUUCAAAAUAAUGUUAUUGCUGAAUUAGGAAGAAAGAAAGUUAAAGGAUUUCAAUAAAGAGAAGAUAUCUUGGAUGAAUUUCGAAUUAAUUUUAUGAAGAAAAGACAUCUAACACCUGAUGGACCUGUUAUGGAGGAAUUUUAAUUUUAUGUCGAUCCUGAAGAGGCUAAUCGUUUAAAGAGAGAUCAAAUUUAAUUGUUGGAAAAGCUUAUGGAAGAAUCACAUUUGAUUCCAGAAAAUCAUCCUUUAGAAUUGAAAAGAUACUUUAGUCAACCUGAAAACACAGGACACCAAGCACGUUAUCUACAAAGAAGUUAAAGUAAUUAUAUUUAAAAGUAUAUUAUACAUAUAUAUAAAAUAUUAGUAAUAAUGAUUAACAUUAGAGUGAUACAUAAAAAUUACAAAUAUUUCCAAAAUUGUAGAUAGACAAAAUCAUUAAGGAAAAAAUGGAAAAUAUGACACCAAAAUAAAUUGAAGUAAGUGUUUCUAAAAUAACCCAAGCUUGAAGGAACUGCUAAAACUUGAUGAGUAAGAUAUUCAAGUCAUUCCCAGAAAUGUAAGAGUAAUGCUUUUGGAUUCCAAAUCAGAUGAAUUAUAUACAGACAAAGAUUUCUAAUUAGAUUAAGCUGAAAGAUAUAUAGAAGUAUUUAAUUAAUUGAAGGUAUUAUUAUUAUAUAUAUUUAUAGAAUUAAAAUUUUUAUGAAUUAGAUUUAGAAAAGAUGUUAGAACUUACAAUAUAUAUUGUGAAUAAUACUCAUUAUUAGCAAAAAUUUAAAUUGUCUGAAGAUAGAAAAUAAGUUACACCAAGAGAAUUAUUGAAUUAUAUUGAAAAAUUAUAAAGAUAAUGA